AUGGGUUUAAAUUAUAAAAAUGAUCCUCCUUACAGUAGUAUCCCCCUUAGAGACUUUUUUACCUCUUCUGAGUCUGAUUUCAAGAAUAAAUCAUCAAAUCCUCCACCACCUAAAUUUGAAGAAACAACAACAGAAUAUGAAUUGUCAAAACUUAGAAAUGAUAUCACAGAGAUCAAUAAGAAACUUGAAUUAUUAACAACUAAUGCUAGUGAUAUGGACCCUGAAAGCUUACAACACAAAAGAAGGAUCGAAGUUGAUAAAAAUUGGGUUAAUAAUGCUUUGAAAUUAUUCUUUGGAGUUUUGAUUUCUCUUCUGAUUUUUAUAUGGGUUAUUGUUUGUUUACUUGCAAAAUGUUUUUAUUCUGCUAAUGUUUAUGGUGAUACCAAUCAUAAAGUGAAAGAAAUUAAUAUCUCCUUACAUUUUUCAUUUGUUCAAUCAUCACUCAAUUUACAAAUAGAUUAUAUUAUGAUGAAUGAUAAAUAUAAAUCAAAAAGAAGUGGUGGUCAAAUCCAAACUAGCAUUCCUCUUCAAGACUUAACUAGUACUAUUCAAAAUUUUACUUCAACUUCCUCAUCUAAUUCAGAAACUGCAGAAACUGAUUUCUCAAAUUCCCAGUUCUUACAACUUUCACAGGGAUAUUCUAAAAUUGCUAAUGAUAUUAAUGAGCUUAAUAAGAAUGUUUCAUCCUUAAAAACCAAAGAUGGAAGAAUUGAUCCUGAAAGUUUGAUAAUUACUCAUAAAGUAGGUUGUCUCCUGGCUUGUGGAGUUUGUAUUCUUUUUACAAUUCUGAUUCUUAUUAUUACAUCUUUAGUAUUGGUUAUAUUAGGUAUUUUAAUUGAUGUUAUAAAGAUAAGAUAA